CUGCUACCAGAGUCUAACAGUCGGUCUGGCAAGUAAUUGACAAAGAAAGCUGGGAAUGAAGUAAACUCAAGGAGAAACUGGAACCACAGGGAUGAGCUAGGACUCUCCAUAAUGGGCCAGAAAUCAUGUUGGCAUCUCUCCCUCUCCAACCUCCAUCUGAGUAUAGCUUCCAGGAGCUACAGACCACUCUGUCAAGAGCAAGCACACCUUGGCCCAGGGUCCCAGAUGCUGAAGGAAGUUUGAUAGGAUCUGCAGGGACUGCUGCUCCACACUAACCAGGACAUGGACCUCGCGGUCCUGUGGCUGGGGCUUCUUCUGCCGGUCGUGACCGCCCUGGAUUUCCGAUACCACCACCAGGAAGAGAUGGAGGCGUUCCUAAAGAGCGUUGCCCAGAACUACAGUUCGAUCACGCACUUGCACAGCAUCGGGAAAUCUGUGAGAGGUAGAAACCUGUGGGUUCUCGUUGUGGGGCAAUCUCCAAAGGAACACAGAGUUGGGAUUCCAGAAUUCAAAUACGUGGCUAAUAUGCAUGGGGAUGAGACUGUGGGGCGAGAAUUGCUGCUUCACCUGAUCGACUAUCUGGUGAGCAGUCACGGGAACGAUGCCGACAUCACACAUCUAAUCAACAGCACUCGGAUCCACAUCAUGCCUUCCAUGAACCCAGAUGGAUUUGAAGCUGUCAAGAAGCCCGACUGUUACUACAGUAAUGGGAGGGAAAAUUUCAACAGUUAUGACCUGAACAGAAACUUCCCUGAUGCCUUUGAAAGUAAUAACGUGACAAAGCAGCCGGAGACACUGGCAGUCAUGAAGUGGCUGAAAACCGAGACAUUUGUCCUCUCUGCGAAUCUCCAUGGGGGCGCCCUGGUGGCCAGUUACCCCUUCGAUAAUGGCGUGCAAGCUACGGGGACACUGUUGUCCCGAAGUCUAACUCCAGAUGAUGACGUUUUUCAACACCUCGCAUAUACCUAUGCUUCCCGGAAUCCCAAUAUGACGAAAGGAGAUCAGUGUAAAAACAAGCGGCAUUUCCCCAACGGCAUCACUAACGGGUACUCCUGGUAUCCACUGCAAGGUGGAAUGCAGGAUUACAACUACAUCUGGGCCCAGUGUUUCGAAAUUACGUUGGAGCUGUCAUGCUGCAAAUAUCCUCGAGAAGAGAAGCUGCCGUUGUUUUGGAAUGAUAACAGAGCCUCUUUGAUUGAAUAUAUAAGACAGGUGCACCUAGGUGUAAAGGGUCAAGUGUUUGAUCAGAGUGGAAAUCCAUUGCCGAAUGUAAUUGUGGAAGUCCAAGACAGAAAACACAUCUGCCCAUUUCGAACCAACAAACUUGGAGAGUACUACCUGCUUCUCUUGCCGGGGUCCUACGUCAUCAACGUUACAGUCCCUGGACAUGACCCACACCUCACAAAGCUGACUAUUCCAAGGAAAUCCCAGACUUUCAGCGCUCUUAAAAAGGAUUUUCACCUCCCGUUGCGAGGGCAUCUGGAUCCCAUCCUCGUAUCAGAGCCUUUGUGCCCAACCAUUCCUCUGUACAAACUAAGGCCAAACUGCUCGGCGGCAACAAAGCCUAGUUUGUUCCUAUUCUUCAUGACUCUUUGGCACAUAUUUAAGUAAACUGUGAAACUCAAGCCCCUUCACCGCCUAGAAUCAGGGAUUGGUUACUCCAGGUUAUGGCAACUGUCGCUCUUGUGGGACCACAGUGGGAUAAACUCUACUGUUUUUCCAAGAGGAAGAAAACUGGAUGCUCCCCAGCUCAGCAGUGACAAAGGCGAUCUUCAGUCUGGAUGAAUGGAGGCCGCUGCCUCGCAAGAGCCGCCCACAUACAAAUCAUCCAGACAUGGUCCUGGAAAUCUGUAAGAAACUUGAGAAGCAAAACAGACAUCCCUAGAAGGAAAAGAAGGUUAAUUUUUGUAUACAGAAACCCAAAUGGACGGACACUUCCUGGUUAUCCACUACAUACAACCUUGCCAUGUGUGCCAUUUGUAAAGAGCUGGUUCUGCGUAUAAGUGGUUCUCCCCAAAGGAAGAAAUUUCUAGAUAACAGAACUAAGAACGUCUACUUUUCCGGUGUUCUAAGGGGAAAAGAGAGGAAAUGGACAAACAUGCCUGAUGUGUAUACAGAGCGCAACCCAUGCCAGUGUCCUUGCCUCCCUGCACCCGGUGCCACAGUCCUGUUAAGAUGACGCCCCAUAUCCUGGUCUUUUGCCUAAGUCCCAGAUGCAUGGCAAGCUGCUCACUACACACAGCCACCUGGGUACGACCUGUGUGACCCUCACCGCAUCACUGAAAGCUGCUCUACGGAUCCAUCCCAUCCUCUCCCUCACUGCUGACCCAGCUUCACCGUCUCUGGCUCCUGGGUAUCUCUUUACCAGGUCCAUCUUCCACACAGCACUGGAGGAGGGGGCCACAUCUUGUUUCCCACUCAGUAAAACUGCAUUCCAAGCAUCAUCAUCAACCUGGAAGCCUUGCCAUUCCUAGCCCGUGUAGUUCCAGGCCUCCAGACCCUUCAAACGCGCUGAUUGUCUUGAUUAUCACUUUACAGCAGCCAUCUCCUUCAUGCUGGCCUUCUCUAGGACGGCAUGAGCUCUCUGAAGCCAGGAUCUGCUUGUUGGAAAAGUUCGCUCCUGUAUUCUCAGAGCCUGGUGCAAAAUAGGAAAUAAAUGGUUGGGGGAGGUGUUCCAGCCACCUGCUACAGACCUUACCAGAA